UGUCACUUGCUGUCUUUUUUCGUGUCGACCUUGAUUGUAUUCUCUGUAUCUGAGAUUAUGUACACGAACGAUUGGGCCGUAGAAGUGUAUGGAGGAAGUCAAGAUGAAGCGAACAGGCUAGCGGCUCGAAGCGGUUUUGUGAAUCUAGGAAAUAUUGGCUCUUUGGAGUUUUUCUAUCACUAUCAGCGCCCUAAUCAUCCUCGUCGUUCACGUCGUUCGGCGCACUAUCACACAGUCAGACUGGCUGUCCUACCCCAGGUGAAAUGGGUAGAGCAACAGACAGUGAAGAAGCGGGUGAAACGAGAUUUCCAAAUGCCGGAAGAUCCGUGGUUUCCAAAACAAUGGUAUUUGCUAAAUACGGGACAGACUUAUGGGCCUUCUAAAUUAGACCAUAACGUUGUGCCAGUGUGGAAACAGGGAGUGUCAGGGAAGAGUGUGGUUGUCUCCAUUCUAGAUGACGGAAUUGAGCACGACCAUCCUGACCUGAAAGACAACUAUGAUCCUGCUGCCAGUUAUGAUUUUAAUGGUAACGAUGAUGAUCCACAGCCAAAACCAACAUAUAAUAAUGAGAACAGACAUGGCACUCGUUGUGCAGGAGAAGUGUCUGCUCAAAAGAAUAAAAUUUGUGUUACUGGGGUGUCAUUCAAUGCAAAGAUUGGAGGGGUUCGCAUGUUGGAUGGAGAUGUGACAGACAUUGUUGAGGGCAGGUCUCUUGGGUUUAAUCAACAGCAUAUUCACAUAUACAGCAGUAGCUGGGGUCCUGAUGAUGAUGGGAGGACUGUUGAUGGUCCUGCUCGCUUAGCUCGUAGAGCAUUUGAAGAUGGUGUAACUAAGGGACGAGGUGGACUUGGUUCUAUCUUCAUGUGGGCAUCUGGAAAUGGUGGUCGAUCAGGAGAUUGCUGCAACUGUGAUGGUUAUACAAACAGUAUAUACACAUUGUCAAUUAGUUCAGCUACAGAUCAUGGACAGAAACCUUGGUAUUUGGAGCAAUGUUCAUCGACAUUGGCUACAACAUAUAGCAGUGGAUCAUAUCCAGAGAAAAAGAUUUCGUCAACUGAUCUUGAUCAUGGAUGUACUGAUUCUCAUACUGGAACAUCGGCUUCAGCUCCACUAGCUGGUGGUAUUAUGGCAUUGGCUCUUGAAGUGAACCCUAAGCUUUCAUGGAGAGAUGCACAGCACAUUGUUAUUCGAUCAUGCAAUGUCACUGAUCAUAAGGACCCCGACUGGGUGACAAAUGCAGUUGGUCGAAAGGUCAAUCACAAGUAUGGCUAUGGCGUUAUUGAUGCUCUGAAGUUGGUCAACUUGGCUAGAGUAUGGGUGACAGUUCCAGAGAAGCAUAUCUGUGAAAAAACAUCUGGAAUGAUUUCCAAGACAGUGUUAGGCAACCGUUUAGUGUUACGAAUGACUACUGAUGGAUGUAAAGGAACUGCAAAGGAAGUGAAUUAUCUUGAGCAUGUUCAAGCUCGUGUCACGUUGAAAUCAAACCGCAGAGGAUCUGUUGCCUUAUUUCUGACUUCACCUAAAGGCACUAAGUCACAGCUAUUACACUUCAGAAACAGUGACGCAUCAAGCGAAGGAUUUUCUGGGUGGCCUUUCAUGACCACUCACUGUUGGGAGGAAUACCCAGUUGGAGAAUGGACGUUUGAAGUUGAAGCAAGUAGCCACUACAGUCAUGUUGUAUUGGUGAAAUGGGACUUGGUUCUUCAUGGAACUAAGGAUCCACCUCAAGCUCAUCCUGUUCAUUGUGCUAGUGAGUGUGAUGAAACAAAUGGUUGUAGAGGACCUACUUCAACUAACUGUAGCCAGUGUUUUGGUCUUCGAGGUGAUGAUGGGAAGGUCACAUGUGUUACAAGUUGUCCAGAUAAACUGUAUGGGGACAGAAAAAUGAAACAGUGUCUUGUGUGUCAUGAAACAUGCUCUUCUUGUCGUGGUCCUAUGGACAGUGAUUGCCUCACAUGUGUACAAGGGAAAACUCUGUCUGAAGGAAAGUGUCUCAGUGGCUGUGCUCCUGGGUCUUUUCAGUCAUCUAAUGGUCAGCAGAUUAAUUGUAGUCAUUGUCAUUCAACAUGCUCUGAAUGUGUGGGAGCAAGUGCUAGUGACUGUACACAUUGCAAAGAAGGACAUGUGCUCCAUGGAUCAGCAUGCACUUCACAAUGUCCAGAUGGCAUGUUUGCAGAAACAAGCAGCAAACAAUGUGUUCCAUGUCACAAAAGCUGUCUGACAUGUGAUGGUGCCUAUGCAACAGACUGCAAGGUUUGUCACAAAGGAAUGCUUCUUGAAGAAACUACAGGCCAGUGUUUAGGUCACAGUUCUGAUGGCUACUAUCAAUCCGUUGCUUCUCCUUGUUCGUCUUCCUCCUCCUCCUGUUCCUCCUUUAUGUUAAGUUUGAUUGCUCUCAGAGCAUUUUUAAGCAGUUUUGUUGGCUUGUUGAUCCUCUGUGUGCCUAUGGUAAUUUUUGACAAGUACACGUACACAAAACGUGGGGGUGUACGCGUGACCACAACUCUGCGCAUGCUCAAAUGCGAGAUGGCGGAAGUGUGUCGCUUACUUUUCUUUGUGUCAAUCUUGAUUGUAUGUUCUGUCUCUGAGAUUACGUACACGAACGAUUGGGCCGUAGAAGUGUAUGGAAGUCAAGAUGAAGCGAACAGGCUAGCGGCUCGAAGCGGUUUUGUGAAUCUGGGAAAUGUUGGCUCUCUAGAGUUUUUCUAUCAUUUUCAGCGCCCUAAUCAUCCUCGUCGUUCACGUCGUUCGGCGCACUAUCACACAGUCAGACUGGCUGCCCUACCCCAGGUGAAAUGGGUAGAGCAGCAGACAGUGAAGAAGCGGGUGAAACGAGAUUUCCAAAUGCCGGAAGAUCCGUGGUUUCCAAAACAAUGGUAUUUGCUGAAUACGGGACCUUCUAAUUUAGACCAUAACGUUUUGCCAGUCUGGAAACAGGGAGUGUCAGGGAAGGGUGUGGUUGUCUCCAUUCUAGAUGACGGAAUUGAGCACGACCAUCCUGACCUGAAAGACAACUAUGAUCCGGCUGCCAGUUAUGAUUUUAAUAGCAACGAUGAUGAUCCACAACCAAGACCAACAUAUAAUAAUGAGAACAGACAUGGCACUCGUUGUGCAGGAGAAGUGUCUGCUCAAAAGAAUAAAAUUUGUGUUACUGGGGUGUCAUUCAAUGCAAAGAUUGGAGGGGUUCGCAUGUUGGAUGGAGAUGUGACAGACGUUGUUGAGGGCAGGUCUCUUGGGUUUAAUCAACAGCAUAUUCAUAUAUACAGCAGUAGCUGGGGUCCUGAUGAUGAUGGGAGGACUGUUGAUGGUCCUGCUCGCUUAGCUCGUAGAGCAUUUGAAGAUGGUGUAACUAAGGGACGAGGUGGACUUGGUUCUAUCUUCAUGUGGGCAUCUGGAAAUGGUGGUCGAUCAGGAGAUUGCUGCAACUGUGAUGGCUACACAAACAGUAUAUACACAUUGUCAAUUAGUUCAGCUACAGAUCGUGGAAACAGACCUUGGUAUUUGGAGCAAUGUUCAUCGACAUUGGCUACAAUAUAUAGCAGUGGAUCAUAUCCAAAUAGAAAGAUUUCGUCAACUGAUCUUCAUCAUGGAUGUACUGAUUCUCAUACUGGAACAUCGGCUUCAGCUCCACUAGCUGGUGGUAUUAUGGCAUUGGCUCUUGAAGUGAACCCUAAGCUUUCAUGGAGAGAUGCACAGCACAUUGUUAUUCGAUCAUGCAAUGUCACUGAUCAUAAGGACCCCGACUGGGUGACAAAUGCAGUUGGUCGAAAGGUCAAUCACAAGUAUGGCUUUGGCAUUAUUGAUGCUCUGAAGUUGGUCAACUUGGCUAGAGUAUGGGUGACAGUGCCAGAGAAGCAUAUCUGUGAAAAAACAUCUGGAAUGAUUUCCAAGACAGUGUCAGGCAACCAUUUAGUGUUACGAAUGACUACUGAUGGAUGUAAAGGAACUGCAAAGGAAGUGAAUUAUCUUGAGCAUGUUCAAGCUCGUGUCACGUUGAAAUCAAACCGCAGAGGAUCUGUUGCCUUAUUUCUGACUUCACCUAAAGGCACUAAGUCACAGCUACUACACUUCAGAAACAGUGACACAUCAAGCGAAGGAUUUUCUGGGUGGCCUUUCAUGACCACUCACUGUUGGGAGGAAUACCCAGUUGGAGAAUGGACGUUCGAAGUUGAAGCAAGUAGCCACUACAGUCAUGCUGUAUUGAUGAAAUGGGACUUGGUUCUUCAUGGAACUAAGGAUCCACCUCAAGCUCAUCCUGUUCGUUGUGCUAGUGAGUGUGAUGAAACAAAUGGUUGUAGAGGACCUACUUCAACUGACUGUAUCCAGUGUAAACAUUUUGGUCUUCGAGGUAAUGAUGGGAAGGUCACAUGUGUUACAAGUUGUCCAGAUAAACUGUAUGGGGACAGAGAAACCAAACAGUGUCUUGUGUGUCAUGCAACAUGCUCUUCUUGUCGUGGUCCUAUGGACAGUGAUUGCCUCACAUGUGUACAAGGGAAAACUCUGUCUGAAGGAAAGUGUCUCAGUGGCUGUGCUCCUGGGUCUUUCCAGUCAUCUAACGAUCAGCAGAUUAAUUGUAGUCAUUGUCACCCAACAUGCUCUGAGUGUGUGGGAGCAAGUGCCAGUGACUGUACAAGUUGCAAAGAAAGAUAUGUGCUCAAUGAAUCAGCAUGUAUUUCGCAAUGUCCAGAUGGCACGUUUGCAGAAACAAGCAGCAGACGAUGUGUUCCAUGUCACAAAAGCUGUCUGACAUGUGAUGGUGCCUAUGCAACAGACUGCAAGGUUUGUCACAAAGGAAUGCUUCUUGAAGAAACUACAGGCAAGUGUGUAGCUCGCUGUUCUGAUGGUUUCUAUCAAUCCAUUGUGGGCAACAGUGGACUGUGUCAGAAGUGUGACUCUUCAUGCAAUACCUGCUCUGGCAAAGGGAAAAACAGCUGUUUGUCAUGUCGCAAAGGUGUGGGCUUAUACUUCUCUCAUGGUAAAUGUGUUUCAUCUUGUCCAUUGUCAACAUUUGCUGAUGAUCAGUCGCUGUCAUGUAUGGCAUGUCAUUCUUCUUGUCAAACGUGUACUGGUUCAUCUGCGAACCGUUGUCAGAAGUGUAAAUCCCCAAUGUAUCUGAGUGACAGGAGUUGUCUCAAGUCUUGCCCAAGAGGAUAUUAUCCAUCAGAUGCAGAUUCUACUUGUCAACCCUGCCAUCACACGUGCAGCCAAUGUCAUGGUCCAGAUGAGCAAGAUUGUGACAGCUGCACAGGUCUAUACCUUUUUGGUGGGAUGUGUAGGACUGAUUGUCCUGACAGUUAUUAUGAGGACGACACACUGGAUGCAUGUGGAAAAUGCCAUAACAUUUGCCCUACAUGCAACGGCCCAUCCAAGUACAAUUGUACAGAUUGUAAGUUACCAUUUGUAUUGCAGAGUUCUACCUGUAGGUUAGAAUGUCGUGAUGGUUCAUACAAAAUGAUGGAUAGGUGUGAGUCAUGUCAUGAAAGAUGUGCAAUGUGUGAUGGCCCCACAGAAUCAAACUGCUUGUCUUGUACUCAGUUGGGCCAGCAGCAGCUGUAUUUGGAGUCUGGCCACUGUGUGGCCUCUUGUCUCAGUGGACAUUACAAAGACAAGAAGAACAAAGCUUGUCUCCAGUGUUCAAAUGGUUGCUCCAAGUGCUUUGGACCUUCACAAGAAGAAUGUAGUGAGUGUAAUGUUGGGCUUUUUCUUUAUGGUGGCAAGUGUCUUCGGACUUGUCCAGAUCAUUUGUUGUCAGAUCGUCUGACCAAAACGUGUGUUUUGUGCAACACACUCUGUGCAUCUUGUGAUGGAACAGUCAAUCACUGCACAGCAUGCACCACUAAUCACUACCUUUUGGAUGGCAGCUGUGUUCAACACUGUCCGGAUGGAACUUAUGCUGAUCAGAGUGCCCAGAAAUGUUUAGCGUGUGGCAAGAACUGUGCUACAUGCAUAAGAAAUUCUAGUCAAUGCACACAAUGUAAGACACCCUUUCUUCUAGAUGAGCAUUUUUGCCUUCGCAGCUGUACUACUGGGAAGUACCCAAACUUUCAAGCAGCCCAGUGCUUGCCAUGUUCUCAAGAAUGUAGUGCAUGUACUGGAGAAUCAUCAAGUCACUGCCUGCAGUGCCAAACAGGCUACUUCCUUCACAUUACUUCAUGUGUUGCUUCAUGUCCUAACCAUACAUUUGCAGACAGGGAGACGGGAAGCUGUGUUGAUUGCCACCCAUCGUGUCUUGAUUGUAGUGGCGUACACAAAGGGAACUGUACUGUCUGUUCUAAAGAUUUGUCAUUAAUUGGUGGUUAUUGUGUAGCAAGUAAGUCAUGCCCAGAAGGCCAAUAUUUUCAUAUGUUAUCAUUAAAAUGUGAAUUAUGUAAUGCCAGCUGUCAAACUUGCGAUAGUGGUACAAGAGAAGGCUGUUUGACAUGUUCACCUGGUCUCUAUCUUGACACAGCAACCACAUCUUGCAAUGCCAACUGUCCAGAUUAUUACUAUAACGAUUUCACUUUGGGCCUUUGUGCUCCUUGCCACAGCACUUGUAAAUCAUGCUUUGGUCCAGAGGAAGAUAAAUGUCGAGAUUGUGAUACUGGUUUGACGUUGGAUGUUGGUGGAAGAUGCAGAUUGAAUUGCGAUGAUGGUUUUUAUCUGGAUGGUGAGACAAACACUUGUACAGCAUGCAACAAAGUUUGUAAGACUUGUAUACAACACCCCGAUCAUUGCCUAUCUUGUCAAUUACCUUAUGCUUUUCUCAAUACAUCGUGUGUUAGACAGUGUCCAACUGGAAUGAGGCAUGACAAAGACUGGCAUACGUGUGAGCUAUGCGGCAUCAACUGCAUGCAUUGUGUUGGUAGCGAUAAUUGCACAGAGUGCACGGAAGGAACAUUCUUACAUGAAGGCGAGUGUUUGUUGAACUGCCCGCAAGGAUUCAUUCCUGAUACAACAGAUGGCCAUUGUGUAUCAUGUCCCAAACACUGUCAAACUUGUGGUAAAGUAAGGGAACAAGCGGUGUGUAUGGAGUGUUAUGAUGGGUACCAUAAGUUUCAAGGGACGUCGUGUAUAGAGACUUGUCCAGAUGGACAUUACUUGGAUUUCAGUGACAAUGAAUGCCACCAGUGCCAUACGUCUUGCUCAAAGUGCGUAGGAGGUGAUGUCGAUUCCUGCUUAUCUUGUGAUGGUAGUGAUGCAAUCCUGUAUGGAUCUCGUUGUGUUAUGGAGUGUCCUGCUGGUACUUACCAUAGUCGUCUCUCUAAGCAAUGUCUACCAUGCGAUGUUCGUUGCUUACUUUGCUUUGGCUCAGACUCUGUGUCUUGUAGCAAGUGCAGUAACAAUUUCUUUCUUUUAUCAGCCAGUCAUUCGUGUGUAAGCACAUGCCCAGUGUCAUUCUAUCCAGACAAGUCGUCUUCAGAGUGUUUGCCUUGUCACUCUACUUGCUCCUCUUGUGAAGGCCCCGGAGCAGCCUCUUGCCUGAGUUGUGUUCCUGGACGUAUAGCUUACAUGAGAGAAUGCUUGAACAAAUGUCCUCAAAAUGUAUAUGAAGAUAAGAUUGGCAGUGACCAUGUCUGUCGCCCUUGUCAUGGAUCGUGUGCUACAUGCUCUAGUUCAGGAUUCGACAAGUGUACCAGCUGUCCGCAUGGAUCAGUUCUUAGUGAGGGAAAGUGCCGUUCAUCAUGCAGUGUUGGUUUGUACUUGGAUGGCAAGUCACAAAGUUGCUUAUCAUGCCAUAAGUCAUGCCAGUCUUGUAAUGGUGCCGGCGAGACGUCAUGUUUAAGCUGUGUUGAGAAUGUACUCUUUGUAAAUGGAAAGUGUGAAAAGAGAUGUCCUUCUGGCUACUUUCAAGAGUAUCUGACUUGCCAUAGAUGUGAUGCCAGUUGCUUUGAGUGUUCUGGUAGGGGAUUACAGAGUUGUACAAAGUGUUUGCCUGGAGCAGAACUUAUUGAUGGACAAUGCUUAAUCGUUUGUUCUGAGAAUCAAUAUCGGCAUGGCAACAGCUGUUCACAUUGUCAUUCAUCUUGUUCUUCGUGCUCAGAUGGCAGGUCAACCGGGUGUUUGUCAUGUCAUAGUCCCAUGGUUUAUCACCAGGGCACAAGAGAGUGUUUAUCUUGUUGUUCAGAUAAGCAGAUUCGAUCAAAGGCAAGCAAUUGCUGUGACUGUAAUUUGUCAAGAAACAAGUGCAUUUUGGCAUCCGAAAUCCCUGGACAACUACCACCUGUAGUCAAUGAUGGUGAUGAUACUGAUAUUGUUCUAUCAACUCAAGAUACUGCAAGAAGUAGAUCACCAGGCUUGACUAGAAAUCACUCAGGAGAGAUCGACUCAUCAACUUGGUUUAUGAUUGUAAUGGGAGUUGCCAUUGGUUUGAUUCUGUUUGGAUUUAUUGUUUUCGUGAUUGUGAAGUCAAGAAAUAGAGUAGUAUCUGGUGGUUAUUACCAACUGGCAAAAGAAGAGAGCGAGGCUGUCUAGUUAUGUUAUUUAAUUUUUAGAUUGAUAGAUUGUACAUGCGAUUAAUUUGUGGAAGUGCUACUGAUUUAUUUUAGCAGACAGUUCAAUGACAAUAUCACUGGUUACUACAUCUA